UUGUCGGCUGGGAAAUGGCGGCCGCGGGAUUAGUCGCUGUGGCAGCGGCUGCCGAGUACUCUGGCUCAGUAGCAUCGGGAGGUAACCUUUCCGGUGUUAACUGCGGCCCGAGCCUUGGGGCAGGUCCCGGUCCUGGCCCAGGCUCGUGGAGCCGCUCCCUCGAUCGAGCCCUGGAGGAAGCGGCGGUAACCGGGGUGCUGAGCCUGAGCGGCCGGAAACUGAGGGAGUUUCCCCGGGGAGCGGCCAACCACGACCUGACGGACACCACCCGGGCGGACCUGUCACGAAAUCGCCUCUCAGAAAUUCCUAUAGAAGCAUGUCACUUUGUUUCUCUUGAAAAUCUCAACUUGUACCAAAAUUGUAUUCGAUAUAUCCCAGAGGCAAUUCUAAACCUACAGGCCCUAACGUUCUUAAAUAUUAGUCGGAACCAGCUGUCAACAUUGCCAGUACACUUGUGUAAUUUACCAUUGAAAGUUUUAAUUGCUAGUAAUAACAAAUUGGUCUCACUUCCAGAAGAAAUUGGACAUCUCAGAUAUUUGACAGAACUUGAUGUGAGCUGCAAUGAAAUUCAAACUAUACCUUCCCAGAUUGGUAAUCUGGAGGCCUUAAGAGACCUUAAUGUAAGAAGAAAUCACUUAGUACGUUUGCCUGAAGAGUUGGCAGAGUUGCCUUUGAUACGGUUAGACUUCUCAUGCAAUAAAAUUAUAGCAAUCCCUGUUUGUUAUCGGAAUCUUAGGCACCUACAAGUGAUCACCCUAGAUAACAAUCCACUGCAGUCACCUCCUGCACAGAUAUGUAUAAAAGGCAAAAUCCACAUAUUUAAAUUCCUGAACAUACAAGCUUGUAAGAUUGCUCCAGAUCUGCCAGAUUAUGAUAGGAGACCCUUGGGUUUUGGCUCCUGCCAUGAAGAACUGUAUUCAGGUCGCCCUUAUGGAGCCCUUGAUUCAGGUUUCAAUAGUGUGGACAGUGGUGAUAAGAGAUGGUCAGGGAAUGAGCCUACAGAUGAAUUUUCAGAUCUGCCUCUUCGAGUAGCAGAGAUUACUAAAGAACAAAGGCUACGACGUGAAAGCCAAUACCAAGAAAAUCGCAACAGUUUAGUAGUAACAAAUGGUGGAGUGGAACAUGAUCUGGAUCAAAUUGACUACAUUGACAGCUGUACUGCAGAGGAAGAAGAGGACGAGGUGAAACGGCCCAAGGGCCUGGACUCAGACAGCCUCAGUUCACAGUUUAUGGCAUAUAUUGAACAACGGCGAAUCUCUCAUGAGGGUUCACCAAUAAAGCCAAUAGCCAUUAGGGAGUUUCAAAAAACAGAAGACAUGAGAAGAUAUUCACAUCAAAACAGGGUUCCAGUUGAGCCAUCUUCUCUCUUGUCACUAUCAUCAAGUCACAAUCAGCUGUCACAUACAGACGUGGAACUUCAUCGGAGAAGAGAACAAUUAGUAGAGCGCACUAGGAGAGAAGCGCAGCUUGCUGCCCUGCAGUAUGAGGAGGAGAAAAUAAGGACUAAGCAGAUUCAGAGAGAUGCUGUCCUGGACUUUGUCAAGCUAAAAGCAUCACAAAGUCCACAAAAGGAACAACCCCCCAUAGAUGGUGAGUGUCCCUUCCCAUCCAGAAGGUCUCAGCAUACUGAUGAUAGUGCCUUAUUAGUGUCACUGUCAGGGUUGAAUCAAGUGGGCUGUGCUGCUACCCUGCCUCAUUCUUCUGCCUUCACACCUCUUAAGAGUGAUGACAGAUCUACUGCCAUAUCAAGUUCACCUACAACAGAAACAGUUCAUCAUUCCACUGCAUAUUCUUAUCCUGCUACUAUCCAGAGAAAUCAGCCCCCACGCCCUGAAAGCUUCCUUUUCCGAGCAUCUGUCAGGGCAGAAACAAAUAAAGAUUCUACAGAUCCUAUAUCAAGACAGAGGGAAGAAGAGCUGAAAUUAAUAGACCAACUACGAAAACAUAUAGAGUACCGGCUUAAAGUGUCUCUGCCUUGUGAUCUUGGAGCAGCUCUAACUGAUGGUGUUGUUCUUUGCCAUUUGGCCAAUCAUGUGCGUCCUCGAUCUGUCCCAAGCAUUCAUGUUCCCUCACCAGCUGUGCCUAAAUUAACAAUGGCAAAAUGCAGGCGAAAUGUGGAGAAUUUCCUGGAAGCUUGCAGAAAAAUUGGUGUACCUCAGGACAUUCUUUGUUCCCCUUCCGACAUCCUUCAGCUAAAUCUCAGCGUUAAAAGAACUGUUGAAACACUACUUUCUCUUGGGGCACAUUCAGAAGAAUCCAGUUUUGUCUGUCUGUCUAUCCAACUUCUGGGUUUUGUGGCAUUUUAUUGUACUUUAAUGUUAACUCUCUGUAUGCUUUAUUACUGGGUCCUCCCUCUCUAGCAGUAAGAUUGUGUUCCAAUGAUUCUCCCCCUAAUUCCUGUACUUGGCAAAGGAGGUUUGUUGCUCAUGCACACACAUUAUUUACAUAUUUCUUCCUGCCCUGGCCUUCAGAGAGCUAACCUUAGUAGAUAAGUCCUUCCAGGUCCAGGUGAGCAGCUUAACACCUAAGUAAGCAUUAAUGAUGGCUAACAGUGAAUAAAAGACCAGCAUUUUCUCUCCUGGUCAUUUGUCCAUUCUCCUGCCCUGUUGCCUUGUAUGUCUUAUAAAUGCUGACACAUUUGUACUAAUUCAAUCCUGAACCUGUUUUUAGAAGUAUGACACACAGAAUUUGUGUCAGAUGAACACAAUAAAAUGCCCAACUGGCCAUUUUUCCAUAUUUAACACUGUUUGAGUAUUAAAACUGUGAGUUACUGAGCAUGAGGAAAACAGUUGCACCCCUCUGAUUUGGGGGCAACUAGUCACUUAGAUUGCAGUCCUGAAAUCCUGAAUAUGCCCUUAAAAAUUCACCUAAGGAUAUAAUUUCUGGACAUUGGAAGGCACUGGCCAUUUAAUCUUAAUAAUCUUAAACUGGCCAGAAUGUUCAGUUUACAGAUCAUAUAGGUCCCUAAAUUGCUAUUCUGAGCCCAAUAUGUACAUAUGCAAUACACAUCAAGCAGGAGCAGGCACCUGUCCACACCAACUUGUGCUUGUUAUCUGUAACUGAAAUUCACUUCUAGAACCCUUAUUAUAGAAUUUAAAAUUGGGAUUUAUGUAAAUUCUAAUAUAUUUGAACCAUCCUUAUAGGUGAACUUGUAUAUAGGCUGUUGGGGAGAUUAAAUUGAAGCAGUUGCAGGUAAAGUAUUCAGCUGCAGUCUUUGUUCUGUGCCCACGGCAUUAAAUACUGUCUCUCUUUCAGAAUGCUUAGUAUAUUAGCUACAGACCUUAUUCAGAUUCUAAUUCUCAUAAGUGGUGUUUCUGAAGUGGUGUUCAGGAAUCUUCUGAACUCUGUUAAUCAAGUAUGAAGGGAGACUGUAAGGAACAUAACAUGCUGCUGGAGAAUUCAGCCUAUGGGUCUGAUUGCUUUGGUGUUCUUCCAUAUUAAAUAGUUAUUUAACACAUUUAAAGACUGAGUAAUGUUGAUGCUAAAAUAUUGAACACUGUGAUAACUUCAGUUUUCUACAGUAGUGCCUUCCAGAGUUGGGGGGUUUGUUUGGGCGUGUUUUAUAUUUAGGAUGUCUUAGUCAGUGAUUAUUCUCAGAAUUUUGUCCCUUUAGAAAAAACUCACUUGUUAAAAAGCACAUGCUCAUGUGUAGUUUAGGGUAGUAGUUCUGAAUUCUCUUGAGAACACACAGCAUUCCCUCUAACCAGCUGAAAGGUAUGUCUAGAAAGCAUCAGCCACUGAGGGUGUGAACCAUGGGGCCCUGCAGGUCACAGUGUGCUGCUGAGGAGAUGGCUCUGGAUCAGCCCUGAAGGAAACGCCUUUCCAGGAGAAGAAACACUGCAAGUUCAUUUAAAUACAGCUAAUCCAGACUUGCAGUCAUAUUCAAAGUAUUUAUACAAAGUUGCUAAGGUCAAAAGAUUGCAGUUACCUUGUUUUAUCAAAGUAAGUAUUUAAAAAAGAAAGUAAGGGGGGCUGGGGAGAUAGCUCAGCCGGUAGAGUGCUUGCCUUGUAAGCACAAGGCCCUGGGUUCGAUCCCCAGCACCCAAAAAAAAAAAAAAAAAAAAAGAAAGUAAGGAGCACAAGUACCAAUAACUGCCUCAAAAUUGAAUACUUGCUAUAUAUUUUAUUACAACUGGUUUUGUAAAAUUUCCUAGUAAUAUGGUGAGUGCCAAUGAAAAGCAGAGAAAAAUCUAGUUAUUUUCUUUAAUAAAUACUAUAACCUCUUUUUUUAAUGGAACUAGAAUUCUUAUUCUGAGAAUUUCUUUUUCAGAGAGCAAUUUCCUUUUUUUUUUUCCCCCUGAAUAUUUAGCCUAAAGAGAAAUACCAGUGAUAACUUUUAUGGUUAAGAAUUGCUUUUUUCAGCCGGGCACAGUGGCACACACCCAGCAACUCAGGAGGCUGAGACAGGAGGAUCUUGAGUUCAUAGCCAACCUCUGCAAUGGCGAGGUGCUAAGCAACUCAGUGAGACCCUGUCUCUGAAUAAAACACAAAAUAGGGCUGGGCUCAGUGGUCUAGUGCCCCUGAGUUCAAUCCCCAGUACCGCCCCCCCCCAAAAAGAAUUGCUCUUUUUGUUUUCUCCAUUUACAAGAAUUAACCAAACAAGUUAAUGAGGCAGAAACAAUUAGAUGUAUUUAAUGUCCUUUAACAAAUCUGUAAACACUUUUCACUUAUUGAUCAUUAAGUUAGAGUGACUAAGCUCUCAUAAUACCAGCAUAGUUUAACACAUUAAAUUCCAGGAUAUGAGAUACCUUACCUUUUUAAAUACAACUCUUUUUUUUUUUUUUUUUUGCAGUGCUGGGGAUUGAACCCAGGGCAUUGUGCAUGCAAGGCAGCCACUCUACAAACUGAGCUAUAUCCCCAGCCCCAAUACAACUCCUUUUUAAUUUUGUAAUUCGGAUUUCUAAUUCAUCUGGGCCUUCUAUGACCUAUCCAAAUUAGGGGAAAGUUUCUCAAAUACAUCUAAGUCUUAAGAAUUUAGGAUACACUUGUUUUCUCCAUUAAUCCCUGCCUGAUCUGAGAACCCUGGUUUUCAGAAUCAGAAUUAUAAUAUAGCUAGUGGGUUUCCUUUUCAUUCUAUCCAAGUUACAUCAUGAAACCAUCUUAUAUUCUCAUGGCAUGUUAAUCCUGAAAGUGCUUUCUCCUAAAAUGUUGUAUCUUUUAGGCUUGAGGCAUCUAAUAACUGGGAAUUGUUUUUCUUAUUUUUCACCUGCCUAUUGGGCUUUUCCUUAUCAGAGAGGAUAUUGCUUUCACUCCAUAGUAUACUGUUCUUCCUCUGUUGUAUGUAUAAAUGUAUCCUGCUUCUCAAUUUUCCAGUUUUGAAAAUGAUCUGUAUGUACUUUUAGUUGUGUUAAUAAAGUGACAGUGUCAGACACCA